AUGGCGGGCGAGCUCAAGCAAGGGAAGCCUCUGGUUGAGUUCCGGCCGCUGACAAGCGCAGUCUUGCCGGAUGUUUUUGCCGGCCAUGACGAGAUCACGGCCAUCACCGUCGGUGCUUCGAUUGCUGGCGUUGGAACCCGCCUUGGCAAUGUCUGCGUUUGGGAACAUGGUGUCACCAACGUGCGGAAGAUACCAAUGGGCAACGCGUGCAUCCAUGCUUUGGCGACGGAUUCCGAUGGCUUCUUCGUGGCAGCUGCAACUGGUGAUGGGCGCAUUGUGGUCUGGCCUCUAGGCAACGGCGGCGAGCCCUGGGUCGCGGAGCACUCUCGCUUGCCUGUCCUUGGUUUGGCUUUAGCUCCAAACUUCGGGGCGCAGAAGGACACUUUCGCACUCUGCGCUGGAGGCGAUGAUGGCCGCCUGAUCCUGCACCGACGAACUUUUCUGGGUGGCCAGACACUUCUGCAUUCCGGAGAAGGGCAGAUCAAUCAGGUGCGCUGGCGGGCCUCCCUCAUCGCUUGGGGCAACGAGAAAGGUGUGAAGGUCUACAACACCGCAACCUCUCAGAAGGUCACCUAUGUCCCCCGACCUCAGGGAGGGGGGCGAGUGACAGGCCUUCUCUGGAUCUCAGAUGACCAGCUGGCCAUGUCUUGGUCCUCUGGGGUGAAACUUGCGGUCAUCCUCCCUGCCGAAGGCGCCAACCUGUAUGCCCAGGUGCGGCACGACCUUCCCUGUCCGGAUGUGAUCCACGGUCUGGGCCUCGCCGGACCGGGGGCGCUCAGCACCCUCGAAGUGACGGGACCACAAGGCGUCGCGAUGGCAGGCGGGGCAAUUGAUGUGACCCAGCUGGCUACCCAGCUGCAAGCCUUGCAGAACGAACUGCUCGAGAGCAGGAGGAGAGAAGAGGAUCUGAAUAAUCGCCUGACGGCGGUUGCGCAGCAAGCAACGGCUGCAUCUGCGGCUGGCGGUCCGGGCGUUUCGCCUGGGCUGCAGACCGUGAUGCAGCAGAUGGUGGAGACCCAGAAAGCCAUUCUGGAAGCGACCAAGAGACCGGAUAAGAAGCUGACGCUGAUCGACAAUCGGGGGCUCGCGAAGCCCAGCAACUACAGUGGAGAGACGGAUUUUCUCCAGUGGAAGAUACGCCUAGAGGCGUUUGUUGCGAGCGUCCACCCGGACCUUGAGGUUGCUAUGGCCUGGGCAGAGGAAGAAGCUGAUCCUAUCAGCUCGGCUGCGCUUACCGCUGCCUUCGGGGAAACGAACCCGACCGAGAAGCACAUUGCCGAUCUCGAAGAUAUGCAGGCCCAGCUUUACGCUGUGCUGCAAACGCUCUGUGAGAAGGAGGCCUUUACCUUGGUCCGGUCUAGCGGCAAGGGAAAGGGCCUGGAAGCUUGGAGGAAGCUCAGCAAGCGGUUCGAUCCUUCUACGGGAGGUCGCCGCCGAGCUAUGCUGCGGGGCGUGCUGAACCCGCAAAGGGUGAACCGCGUUGAGGAGCUAUCGGCUGCGGUCGAGGCUUGGGAAGAACAAGUGCGCCUGUACGAAAACAGGCGGAAGCCUGACGGUACGCGGCCGACCCUUGACGAGGACAUCAAGACGGCGAUCCUCGAGUCGAUCUGCCCGACGGAGGUCGAAAAGCACUUGCAGCUGAACCAAGCACGGUUCGAUGGCUACGAGGAUGUGCGCAAAGAGCUGAGCGCCUACCUGGAGACGCGUGUGGGGCUCAAGCUCAAGCCUGGUGCGCCUGUUGACACGGGCGGUCCGGCGCCAAUGGACGUCGGCGCGUUCGGUCAAGAGCCCAAGGGCAAAGGAAAAGGCAAGCCGGCGAAGAAGGAACAACGUGUAUGCCACAACUGUGGCAAGCCAGGACACCUUGUCGCCGACUGCUGGGCACCGGGCGGAGGAAAAGCGAAGAAAGGAGGAAGCGGCGGAAAGCCGAACAACGCCAGUCCGCCAAAGGGCGGAAAAGGAGAAGAGGCCACUACCUGGGACGGCGGUGGUUGGGAAGAGGGCUGGGACCAAAACGAGGGUUGGAACGAAGUUGCGGGCUCAAACGAAAGUAACUACUUAGCUCUAGGAGCCCUGCACCUUUCCGCGCCGAUGGCGCGCGACAUGCAAGAGGAAAGCCGCGAGGAGGAGUUCGUGGAAGAAGACCCUCCGGUCUCAGACGCCCCUACGGCAACCAGCGUGUUCCCUACGGUGCCCGCCGGUGCUUCACUGGCGGACCCGGCUCUUGUGAAUGCUCUCUCCAGCCUGCCUCUGGUGGCUCAGCUCGGGGGCGUGUCUCUGCUUUCGGAUUCCGGGGCAGGGUCCUCUCGGGACACCAGUGUGGAUGUGAUGCUUCGGCUUCUGCGUGAGAACCUCACUUUGGGGAUGCUCGUGCGGCAGCAGGCGGCCCAGCUUGAGUCCUCCGGCUUCGGUUCGGCUGGAGGCUCCUCAGGUGCUGCGCCGGGACCUGCGCCUGCGACCCCAAGGGCGGCUCCACCAAAGCCGCCCAAAAGGGCAAAGAAGGAGGAGAAGAAAGAAGAAGUGAAGAAAGAAGAGGUGAAGACCGAAGACGAGGAGAAGCCGGAGGUGGCGGCUCCAAAGCCGAAGGCCAGUCCCCCGAAAGGGGUGCCGCCGAAGCCGGCGGCGAAGUACCUGAAGCCCAAGCCGAAGGUGCUACCGAAAGCCGGAGAAGAGGUCCCCGCACGCAGGGAGUUGACAAAGCCAAGCAGCGGCGACGACACUAGCGGGGACGGAGACGAAGAGGAGGAGCCGCGAAACAAGAAGAGAACCCGGAGUGCCGGGAUGAAGCAUGUGAUCCCAGAGGAAGAUUGGAAGAAGAUGCGCUUUCGGGAGCGCCAGGAUCACAAGAAGGAGCUGCGGAAGAAGAUCCCGCCGGGGUCGCUUGGAGAGGCUGUCUUGAAGGCCCAGGGAACAGACUGCGACACCUGCUCGGAGAGGCGCGACCGCGGAAGGUCUGCGGUGCGCCGGUUUGCCGCGAAGGCGGUGGAGCGGGCUAAGCAGAAGAGUGCGGGCGAGACUCCGGGCUUUGUUUCGCCUGGAGCCGCCGCGGGCACGACGCACUCCAAGGUUUCGGCGCCUAAGCCGCCGCCGGACCUUAGGAAGCCUAACGAGCCUAAGGGCCCGCCGCCAAAGCAGAGAAGAUCCAGCGAACCGAAGGCGCCCAAGACGCCACCCAGCGAGCCAAAGGCGCCCAAGACGCCACCGAAGAGGAGCUCCAGUGAGCCGGGGGCGCCGCCAAAGCGCCUCUCAGGGUUCACCGCUGGGAGCAUCAACUUGCUGCGUGGUGCCUUGAUGGAGCAGCUGCGCAAGAACAUCGACGAGGAAGAGGAUGAAGACGCUAAGAAGCGCCUGGACGAACAGCGCAAGCAGCUCGCGAGAGACCGGCCGAGGCAAAGCGUGGUCAUCACCAGGGAAAACCUGGACGACCAGUCCUUCCACGACAGCCGGUACUACGCAGAUCGGGCGGCCGGCGUCGCCCACCACGUGGCGUGGAAAGGCGAGAAGGGUAGAAGGCGUGCCAUCCUCAGCCGCCGCGAAGGGCUGAAGGAUCGGGUGGCAGACCGCCUGGAAAAGGACGAGGAGUGGCACCGACGCUACGAGGACCGGGGCGCCGGGAAGAAGGUCGAUAAGACCGAUCGGUUCCGCGGGGAGACCGAGGUGAUCGACGAACGGUCGCGGGACAAAGGGAAAAGCGAGGCCACGAAGGAGGCCGCGCCACUCUCGAGGAAAGCUCGGGAGAACCUACGCCAGGAACCGAACGACGAGGAGGAGCUCCUGGCCAAGGAUCCGAACAAGAAGGAGAGAGGCCCUCGCAAGCGAGGGGCUGAUUACUAUCGUCGGAAGAAUGCUGCGAGGCGGCGUCGCAAGCGUGGAGAAAAGGAAGAAAACGAUGAGAAAGAGGAGCGCGACGAGCCGCCGCCACCGGACGAGCCCCGAGACGACCAAAGUGGGCUGAAGAGGCCAAAGGGGCCACCGGGAGGACCCAGCAUCUUCGUUCACUCCUUUGGCACUUCGGCCGAUUCGGCUGGAGUGGUCGAGGAGGUGGACGGAUGGAAGCGCAUCCGGUUGAAUUUGGAUACCGGGGCCGCCGCGACCGCGAUCCCAAUCGAGCUUGCCGAAAGCUUGAAGGAGAUGGGAUACGCCUUGGGGCCCACCAGCGGAACAACCUACAAGACCGCGAACGCCGAGAUGAUGCGGGACGAGGGCGGCCUGCAGAUUCGAGGCACCGACGCCCGUGGAAACUUGAAGGGAGUGACCGGAAGGGUCACGGGCGUUCAUCGCCCGCUGGCGUCGGGAAGCAAGGUGGCUCAGGGCCACCACCUGGCGCUGACAAAGAAGGGCGGCUGCUUGAUUCCCCUUGGGAGCAAGGCGGCCGCGGAGUACGAUCAGUUCAUGGCUGGCCUGGUGGCCCGCCACCACGCCAUGCUUACGCCUGUUACCGUCGAGAACGGCAUCUAUAUGCUUGACUUUUGGGUGCAGCCACGCACCACGGACCGGAAGCCCGAGCUGAACGCAACGGGCGACAACGAAGAGGAGAAGGAGAAGGAGGAUGCCCCUGCCGGCGAUGGGGAAGCUGCACAUGAGGGGCGGAUGGCAAUCGCCCGGCGGUCUCCCAAAGAUCCGUCGCCCGCCGAGAUCGACGAACACCGCGCAGCGGGGCAUGUUACGCACCGUUUUAAGGAAGUUUGUUUGAAAAGCGACAACGAGAACCCCAUCGUGGCGCUGAAGAAGAAGGUGAAAGAGGAGAUGAGUUUGAAGGUGCACCUCGUUGAGGUGCCGGUGGAGGACCACCAAGCAAAUGGAUACAUUGAGGUGGGCGUGCGUGAGAUGAAGCGGCAGGUCCGGGCGAUUCUCUCGGACUUGCAAGAGCGGCUUGGUUUCGAUAUCGAGCCGGCCCAUCCAUGCAUGAUGUGGCUUCCGCGCCACGCUGCCUACCUGCUUUCUCGGUUCCGCGUGGGAUCGGACGGCCGGACGCCUUACGAGAGGACGUUCGGAAGGAAGUGGAAAACUCCACUUGUGAGCUUCGGCGAGCACGUGCUCUUUAGGCCGAGGCAGCCGCGAGACGGCAGGAAACACGACCUAGAGCCCAGGGUUAGCAUGGGCAUGUUCGUGGGGGUUGGCGCCAACAACGACGUGUUCAUCAUGACAGAACGGGGUGUUGUGAAGGGCGCCUCGAUCAUGCGCCGGCCUCCUGCGGACCAGUACAAGUACGAGAACUGGAGCAAACUCCGAGGUGUUCCUUGGAGGCUCCAGGCCCGAGAGCCAGGAGAGCUUCGGGUCGACCUGCCUGCGGUGGUUGGACAGCCGAGGCGUGCGCCGCAGGAGGAAGUGGUUCCGAGGAACCUGUACGUUCUAAAGAGCGACCUGGAGAGGCACGGCUACACGCCGCUGUGCCCGGGCUGUGAAGCCCUGAUCUGCGAUAUGCCGCGCAGAUCGCACAAUAACGAGUGCCGCCUAAGGAUCCAGGCGGAACUUCAGAAGACUGAAGAUGGAAAGGCGCGCAUUGAUGCGGCCAGGGCCCGGCUUGACGCCGGGAGGAGGCCCAAGAACCAAGGAGGGGCUCCAGCAGCUGCGGCCGCGGCCAACGCACCUGUGUUGGUCGGCGCGCCGGAGCCAGACGCCGAAAUGGCUGCGGGAGAAGCAGCAGGAGAGCCCGAGCCCAGAGGUGCCGCUCGGGAGCUGCAGGAACGCGAGGACGUUCGAGACGGAAGCCCCAGGAAGAAGAGGAAGGAAGGAAAGAAGAAAGGAGAGAAGAGAGACGCCGAGGAGGACGUCGAAGUGCUGCACGAAAGGAUGCAGCAAGCAGAUGGAGGAGGAGAAGAAGCAACAGUGAUGGGGCCACUCCCUUCUGCUGGGAGUAGAGAUCCCCAACCAGAGCGGGUGCCAGAGCCAUCGGCCGAUUCGGCUGGAGGAUCUGGCGCUAUGGCUCUGAACCAGUUCACCGAGUGUCUCUGCGCUGUCUUGAGGGACGCGCGCGCCAAGGGCACCGUGAAGGAAGUUUUCUCCGUGCCGCGGGUUGCGGCACAGGCACAAGUGAAGGCCAUGAGGCCUGGUUUCUCUGUGGACCUCGAGGCUACUCGUGGGGACGGCGAAGCCUGGGACCUCAGCAAGGACUCCCACGUGAACGAGCUGUUCGAGCUUUUGGAGCGUGAGGAGCCCAAGUUUCUUGGGGGCUCGCCACCACGUGGCCCGCUCUCAAGUUUACAGCAGGUGGUGGAUGCAUCUGCGAAGGUCGCGCCUUCCGCUAGGCGCGAGGCUGUGGAACGAGACCAGAAGCAUUUGAGGACCACCGUCCGUGCUUACUGGACGCAAGUGAACGCAGGAAGGUACUUUCUGCACGAGCACCCCUCGGGAGCAAGAAGCUGGGAGGAGCCAGAGGUUAAGGAACUCAAGGCGGACCCCCGCGUCUUCGAAGUUCGAGGUCCCACCUGUCGGUGGAGUCUGAGUGGAAGCUCGAAAGCGACUGUGAACAAGGAGACGCGGUGGCUCACGAACUCGAGUACCGUCGCCGACGUGCUGCGCAGAGCGAGCGCGGCAUCAAAGGGCAAGCUUUGGCACCGGGAGGCCGAGAUCGUCAAGGGACGGGUCAAGGCCACCCAGGAAUAUCCCGCAAAGCUUGUGCAGGGUAUCUUGGAGGCGUUUCGCGCCCAACUUAUCGAGGACGGCGAGUUUUCUCAAGCUCUCAACAUGAUGGAGGCAGGUCCUGUACCGGACUCUGCUCCUGUCAUUGACGAGGAGGAAGAGGUCUUCAACCACCUUCCGGAGGCGAGCGAUCCUAUCGAGGGACCUGUCUACGACUCCAACACUGGAGCAGAGUUGGACCUCGAGAAGGUUGCAGCUGCUCGCAAGGAAGAACUAGAGUGGGUUCGAAAGCAAGACCUCUACGAGAAAGUUCCGGAGGAGCAAGCAAAGGCUGCAGGAAAGAUGCCCAUAACGAUGAAAUGGGUAGAUCGCAAUAAAGGGGAUAACGAACGGCCCAACUACCGAUCACGACUUGUCUGUCGUGAGGUAAAGCGUGCCAAGAACGCGGAAUUUAUUCCCGAGUUCGCUUCCUUUAGCGCGAUGCCGCCCCUCGAGGCGGUAAAACUGCUCCUGUCACUCAUGGUGACACUGAAGGUCGCCAAGAAGAGCCGAUCGCCUCUGAAACUUCGGCUCAUCGACAUAUCCCGGGCUCACUUCUAUGGGAAGGCCCAGAGGGAUGUCUUUGUGACGUUACCUGAGGGUGACCGUACACCAGGGAUGGUUGGCAAGCUUCGCAAGUCCAUGUAUGGGACGCGGGAUGCAGCUGCCAUAUGGCAGGCUGAUUACACCGCGGCCCUUCUGGCUGCUGGGUUCGAAAGAUGCCCAGCAUGGCCUGCCAUCUUCUUCCACAAGGAUCGAGAGAUUCGUCUCCUGGUCCACGGUGACGAUUUCCUCAUUUUGAGUGACGACGCCGGACAAGCCUAUGUGGAGCAGAUCCUGAGAUCCAAGUACGACCUUAGGGUUGAUGGAAGCAUCGGGCAAGGGGAAAAGAGGCAGGAGUUUUGUGUACUGAACCGUCUCGUACGUUUCGACGAGAGGUCAGGCACUAUCUCCUACGAGCCUGAUCCCAGGCACGCUGAAAUCAUUCUGAAAGACUUGGAAAUGGAAACCUGCAAGCCGGUAAAGAGCCCAAACGAAAAGCUUAAGGCAGAAGACGUUGCAAAGCGUCUGGAGAUGCCUACGGUUGCGCCGGACCGCAUUAGCAAGUACCGCUCCUUGGUCAUGCGUGCGGCCUUUUUGGCGCAAGACAGGCCAGAUCUGUCUGAAACCGUCAAGUGCCUUGCACGGAAGAUGCAAGGGCCUACGGAGGCUGACUUCGGAGACCUCAAAAGGGUGGCUCGGUAUCUGAAAGGUACAAUGCGGCUGGUGCAAAGGUUCACGCCACAGAGGUUCAGCGAGGUAGUCACAGUCCACGCGGACAGUGACUUCGCGGGAUGCCUUCAGACGCGCAAAAGCACCACCGGACUCGUGUGCUACUACGGCAAGCACGAGGUGAGGCACUCGAGCAACCUUCAAAGCACGGUGUCACUAUCCUCGGGAGAAGCCGAGUACUACGCUCUGGUGAAGGGAGUGGCCAGUGGGAUGGCUACUCAAGAGCUACUGCGUGGAUGGGGCUUGGACGUGAAGCUGCAGGUUCACACUGACAGCGCUGCUGCACUGGGUACCUGCAACAGACUCGGGUUGGGUAAAUCCCGACACGUGCAGACACGUUACCUGUGGAUCCAAGAGAAGCUCGCAAACAAGCAGUUCGAGCUGUUCAAGAUCGACACCAAGCUGAACACGGCUGACCUGCUUACUAAGUCGCUAGCCGUGGAAAAUGCUGAGCAGCACCUGAAACGCAUGGGCUUCGAAGUGGUCUCUGGUAGAAGCGGUUUAGCGAAAGCAGUUGUAUAG